AUGGCACAGCAAGGAGGUUAUGGUGGCCCCCCUGGCGGCUACGGCUACCCACCUCAGCAAGGCCAUCCAUACGGCCAACAAGCAACCAACGAAGACUAUGAUGAGAGAGAGGAGCAGAGAACGCUUCUCAAUACACCUGGUGGUCACGUUGAACAUCAACAAGUUCCUCCCCCUACUACACAAGUUGGAUAUGACGAGAACAAUCCGUUCAACUCUGGUGACGUCCAGCAUCACAGUCUUCAAGAAACCUAUGUUCCAAAUGCAAGACCAACAACUCAGUACAGUGAAAUCCAGCAGCCAUACCCAGAGAGCGGGACUCGUUUUGCUGGCCUCCCCACUCGAGUUGCGUCUCCAUACAACAGAUCAGAGGCUUCAUCGACAGAGGCAUGGAGGGAGAGACAAGCUCCUUCGAAUAUGCGAAGAUAUGCUACCAGAAAAAUUAAGCUUGUCCAAGGUCAAGUUUUCGCCACUGACUAUCCUGUUCCAUCUGCCAUCCAAAAUGCUAUCCUGCCCAAGUAUAAGAGCAAGGAUCUCGAGGGUGGAACUGAAGAAUUCACUCAUUUGAGAUACACCGCUGCUACUUGCGACCCCGACGACUUUACGUUGAAGAAUGGUUACACGCUUCGUCCGGCUAUGUACAACAGAUCAACCGAGCUGCUCAUUGCUAUUACCUACUACAACGAAGAUAAGGUGCUUACCGCCAGAACACUACACGGUGUCAUGCAAAACAUCAGAGAAAUCGUCAACCUCAAGAAGUCCGACUUUUGGGGGAGGGAUGGUCCAGCAUGGCAGAAGAUCGUCGUUUGCUUGAUCUUCGAUGGUAUCGACCCUUGCGACAAGGAUACUCUUGAUGUCCUAGCCACAAUUGGUAUCUUCCAGGACGGUAUCAUGAAGAGGAAAAUUGACAACAAGGAAACUGUUGCCCAUAUUUUCGAGUACACGACACAAUUGUCUGUCACCUCCUCGCAGAUGUUGGUCAGGCCAAAGGACGAGGAUCCACAAUGUCUCCCUCCAGUCCAGAUGAUGUUCUGCUUGAAGCAGAAGAAUUCCAAGAAAAUCAACUCCCACAGAUGGUUGUUUAACGCCUUCGGCAAGAUCUUGAACCCAGAAGUCUGCGUUCUUUUGGAUGCCGGUACUAAGCCCGGUCCAAAGUCCAUCUUGUACCUCUGGGAAGCUUUCUACAACGACAAGAAUCUCGGUGGUGCCUGCGGUGAAAUCCACGCCAUGUUGGGUCGAGGUCUCAAGAACUUGAUCAACCCGCUGGUCGCUGCCCAGAACUUCGAAUACAAGAUUUCCAACAUUCUCGACAAACCAUUGGAAUCUUCGUUCGGUUACGUCUCUGUGCUUCCCGGUGCCUUCUCUGCCUACAGAUUCCGUGCCAUCCUUGGCCGGCCUUUGGAGCAAUACUUCCACGGUGAUCACACGCUCUCCGCGCGUCUUGGUUCCAAGGGUAUUGAGGGUAUGAACAUUUUCAAGAAGAACAUGUUCUUGGCUGAAGAUCGUAUUCUGUGUUUCGAGCUGGUGGCUAAACAGAACGAGAAGUGGCAUUUGACCUACGUCAAGUUGUCCAAGGCCGAAACUGACGUUCCAGACGGUACCCCUGAGUUUAUCUCUCAGAGACGUCGUUGGCUCAACGGUUCGUUCGCCGCUGGUGUUUACUCGUUGAUCCAUUUCGGUCGUCUCUACAAGUCUAGCCACAACCCGCUCCGCAUGUUCUUCUUCCACAUCCAGCUCCUCUACAACAUCUUUUCCCUCAUUCUCUCUUGGUUCGGUCUUGCAAACUUCUGGCUUACUACUUUCGUCAUCAUGGGUCUUACCGGUACUCCCACUGAUCCAAACCAAGCUCCGUGGCCUUUCGGUAAAGCCACUCCUAUCAUCAAUGUUGUCCUACAGUACAUCUAUCUCGGUCUUGUCAUGGUACAGUUUGUUUUAGCUCUCGGUAACAGGCCGAAGGGUUCGAAACACACUUAUAUCGCCUCUUUCAUCUUCUUCGCCAUCAUCCAGCUCUAUGUCAUCAUCCUGUCCAUUUACCUUGUCGUACAAGCCUUCAAGACGUUCCAGUUGGAUACAAGCAGUGCUGGGCAAUUCUUCAGGAAUUUCUUCGAGGGUACAAGUGGUGUCAUUUUGGUUGCCUUGGCUGCUACCUUUGGUCUCUACGUUGUUUCCUCCCUUCUUUAUCUCGACCCAUGGCAUUUGUUCCACUCCUUCCCUCAGUACUUGCUCAUCGCCUCUUCGUAUACCAACAUCCUCAACGUCUAUGCCUUCUGCAAUUGGCACGAUGUCUCGUGGGGUACCAAGGGAUCUGACAAGGCCGAUGUUCUUCCUGCUGCCCAGUCCAAGGCUAGUGAUGGUGGAAAGGCCCAAGUCAUCGACGAACCAGACAAGCCACAGGCCGAUAUCGACUCUGCUUUCGAGGCUACCGUGAAGCGUGCGUUGACACCGUACAAGCCGGUUGAGACCGAGGAGAAGAAGUCACUCGACGACUCGUACAAGAGUUUCCGUACUCGUUUGAUUUUGUUCUGGAUGAUUUCCAACGGUAUCUUGGUUUUGGCGGUCACGGAUAAUGCAUUCGAUUCCUUCGGUAUCUCGAAUGGCGCUAGCGACCGAACCGCGUUCUACUUCAGACUUUUGCUCUGGUCGAACGCUGUCAUUGCUCUGUUUAGAUUUCUUGGAUGCUGUUUCUUCCUUUCCCGAGCCUCGAUUCAAUUCAUCAUUGCUCGCCGUUAA